CACACACAAACACACACACACACACACACACACAAACACACACACACACACACAUACACACACACGUACACACACAAGCACACACACAUACACAUACAUACACACACACAUACAACUAAAAGAGGACACAAACGCACUACUCCAGUAUAUAUAAACAUACACAAACACAUUUAAACUAUCUUUAGAAACAAAUAUACAUUUACAUAAGAAUAUUUGCCGUAUACCGAAAGAAAGCAAAUCUUUAUAUACAUAUAUAAAUCGUUUGUAUGUGCGUUUGUGUGUAUACAUACAUAUAUAUAUAUACGUGUGUGUGUGUGUGUUUGUGAAUGUGAGUGUGUGUAUGUGAGUAUGUAUGGCUAUAUAUGAUAGAUCGAUAGACAUGUUUGUAUAUACAAGGCAGAACUACGGCAUCUAGCAACUCAUUUCUCGAAUGCAGAUGUGAUAAUAUGUAAACAUAGAUAUCUCUUAUAUAUUUAUGUGUAUUUCAUAUGUUUUACAUCUUAAUAUAGGCAAACACUUAUCUCACGCAAGAUAACUCUCUCUCGCGCGCACACAUACAUAUAUAUUCACACAUAGAAACACACACACACACACACACACACAUAUAUCCUGCACUGAAGCUCUUCCCUUGGUGAGAGCACGGCCUGAAUUCUGUUUAGGAAGAAAACUUAAAACCCGAAGAAACAAACACACGCAAAUACACCCCGUGCGCGCACACACACACACGCACACACACACACACCACACACACACACACACACACACACAGACUGACACACGCACAUGCACACAGAUAAACAGAUAACAUACAAUAUGUAUUUACACACACAUAUGGCAUACCGGAGAACAGUUAUUGCAAGCACCCUCGCCUCAACCGGUACAUUUACUCCAUAGCCACUGCCAUCACUGCAUAGCAGCUGCUCCAACGCCAACACCCUAUCACAAUCACUGACAACAACAGCACUAACAACAACAUUAACAGCAGCAGCAGCAGCAGCAACCACCACAACAGCACUAAUACAACAUCUCCAUCUUCAUCACCAUCACUGCUACUGCUAUUGUCAACACUACCUCACCUACACCACCGUCAUUUCAUCUCAUUUCAUCUCAUUUCAUCUAUUAUUCCAUCGUCCCCCACCAGAUGAAAACAACUUUAAAGUAACAGGAAUAACAACGUAUUAACAAUUUAUAUUUUCCUAACACACGCACACAUAAACACAUACAUACGUACAUACAUAAUACAUACAUACAGACACAAACAUACAUACACAAACAUAUACACCCUCUUAGUAUAUACUUUAAAUAAACUGUGGAUGUUUUGAAAACUAAAACAAAAAAAAAAAAAAGAAGAGGAAAAUGAAAGGUGAAAGAGAGAAGAAAGAAAGACUGGAUUUCCGAAAACAUGGAUUAACGUUUAAAUUCACCAUUGUUUGGGCUGUGUUGGUCUGGUUACCGUUGGUGGCCCGGAGCGCAAGAAUCACCGCUAACUCCACUCGAACACACAACGACAGCUCCGCGUUAAAAACGAAACGCAGUGUCUCCAACUCUGAUUUCCUUCAAACCCUUAUCGAAGCAUACGACAGCAGUAUUCCUCCAGGAUUUGACAGAGAAAAAGUCACAACAGUGAAUGUACAACUUUAUAUUAACAGCUUCGAUUCCAUAAACGAACAAACAAUGGAUUAUUCAAUAAGCACAUUUAUCACACAAGAGUGGACAGAUGAAAGACUAAAGUUUUUCGGAUUGAUCGAAGCGAAAUACUUUGAAUUAGACGUAAAAUUGAUCGAGAAAAUCUGGGUUCCCGAUCUUUACUUCCCAAACGAAAAGAAAGCCCAUUUCCAUGAAGUAACAGUGCCUAAUCGAAUGUUACAUAUAUAUGACGACGGAUCGAUAACUUAUAGAGCAAGAAUCUCUCUGACUGCCUCUUGUCCCAUGAAACUACAAAAUUAUCCAAUGGACACUCAGGUUUGCCAGUUAUAUUUACAAAGCUUUACAUAUUCGGUGAAGACAGUAAAAUUUCAGUGGCAUGAAAACCCUGUUGUAAUGAGUCCAUCGAUUGUUUUACCACAGUUCCGGCUCGUGAAGAACCUUACAGACGACUGUACCAGUCAUAAUAAAGACAAAAACUUCACCUGCUUAUAUGCCAGCUUCUAUCUCAAGAGGGACAUCGGUUACUAUAUGAUACAACUGUAUAUACCUAGCAUCCUUAUCGUAUUCUUGUCGUGGGUUUCCUUCUAUCUAAAUGUGUCAGCUGUACCUGCACGAAUAUCAUUAGGAAUUCUAACUGUUCUUACGCUGACAACUCAAAGAUCUGCAGGAAUAGCGGCCUUACCUAAAGUCUCCUAUAUCAAAGCCAUUGAUGUGUGGAUGGCAUCUUGUCUCUGCUUCGUUUUCGCAGCACUUUUAGAGUUUGCCUUCGUUAACGUUUUGGACAGGCGAUAUUUAAAGAUUAUUGCCUCCAUGAAAGAAAACGAACUCACUGGAAAAUGUCCCGAGGUUAAUGACAGAGUCAAAUCAAAGCGAUUUAAGUGGAUUCGCGACCCCAGAGGUCAACAGAAGGCAGCAUAUAUUGACUUUUUGGCUCGGAUAACUUUUCCAAUAGCCUUUGGUAUAUUCUGUAUAAUAUAUUGGCUUGUCUAUGGAGUAGUUGGGGUGAAAGAAGAAUAAAUUCUCCCUCCAUCUCCAUUUGUAACUAACCUCUCUCCCUCCCUCCUUCCUCCCCUCCUUUCUUUCUCCCAUUUUUGCUUUAAACCCCAUAACUCAAUACAUUUUCUUUAUUUCCCAUCCUGAAAUUGUGUAUUUAUCUGUCUCUCUGUCUGUCUCUUAAAUAAAAUAUAACAAGAU